UUGCAUAAAUACCCCCUGCCACCGCGCGCUUCACGCCUCCCUCUUGCACGCUCUUUUACACUUCGCCCAUUCCCAUUUCCCACUCCGGCACACCCCCUCUCUGUUUACAGGUGGAGAUAGAGAGAGAAGCGCGGAACCCCAUCCAAUCCUUUCUCUCUCUAAAACCCUCCCAAAACCACCACACCCAGCAGGAGAACUCCGCCAAUCCGUCGCCAGCUGAUGAAAUCGGGGCUUGCUGCUGUCAACUGUCGCCGGUGAUGGACGGUUGCUGGCGGCUCCCUGGAGGCCACGGCGGCGCCGCCGCCGCCGGCCGCGUCCUCCGCGUGCACUUCCUGGACGCCGAUGCCACCGACGACUCCGACGAGGAGACGAGCCAGCUUCAGCGACGCGGGGCGCGGCGGUGCGUCCGGGAGAUCGGCCUGCCGCCCGCUUCGUUCCAUCUUCCAUCCGCCGCGGCGGGUGCGGUGAGCAGCUCCUCCCACUGGACGCGCCAGAAGAGGUUGAGGGCGGCCGCGGCCGGCAAGACGCGUACGUUGGUGGCGGGCGGCGAGGAUGACUGGUACCCGGGGACUACGGCGGCCCGGCGAUUUCGCGGCGUGAGGCGGCGCCCGUGGGGCAAGUGGGCGUCGGAGAUCCGCGACCCGAAGCAGGGGCGGCGCGUCUGGCUUGGCACCUUCGACACCGCCGAGGAGGCCAAGUCCGUCUAUGACUCCGCGGUGGUCCGCCUCCGUGGCCCGGGGGCAGUCAGCAACGCCAUCGCCCGCUCCCCCUCGCCGCCCCUCUCCACCGUAACGGCGUCCGUUCCGUCGCCGUCGACAUCCGCGGCCUCUCCCCCGUUGCCCUCCACCACGGCGGUCUCUCCUCCGUCGCUCUUCGCCACGGCGGCCUCUCCCCCGGUGCCCUCCACCACGGCGGCCUCUCCUACGUCGCCCUCCACCACGGCGGCCUCUCCCCCGUCGCCCUCCACCACGGCGGCCUCUCAGUCGGCGGCGACCACCAGCUGGUCCUUGGUGAACGCGGACGAGGAGGUGACGGCAGCGUUCGGCAUGGGAUUCGUCGACGAGGAGACCUCCCUGAACAACCUGAUGCAGUUCUGCCUCCCCGCGACGUGCAGCAGCAGGUGGGACCCCUCGGCGGACUUCGUGGAGCUCGCGGACCUCGACGACCUCUUCGCGCCGGAGCCCCUGUCGGCCUGACCGGACCGGAGCGGCGAUGGCAACUCCACCGCAACUUUUUGAAAGAGAACAGUUUUAAACAUAAUUUUAUUUUAUUUCUCGGGAGUCUGCAAAUUUUGAGAGGCGUGCGCAAAUAUUUAUCCGAAACUUUUGCUUGGCGUUUUAUUUCGAGAGAGGAAUAAAUCGUGGCGGCAGGAGGAAAAAAGACCGAAAUGUUGUCUUUUUCCUCUGAGGCCUAGGCGUUUAGCUUAGGGGCGUUUUUGUAAUUCGGAGUGAAGAGGUGUUGUCUUGUGUGCGAGCGUGUCGGGGCUGGAUUUGAGCUUGCCGAGAUAAAAGCUGCCCGUGAGGGGACAAGAGCUGGAGAGAACGAAGUAGCAGUCUCGAGCUUUGCUUGGGUUUUACGUUGUGGGAACUAGUGAUUGCUAUGCACGUGAUCCCGUUUUCCCCUGUGUUAGAAUCUGGACAGUAAGUUGUGAUUUGGGUGUGGUAAUUCAAAAAGAAAUCUGGGGUGCAACAUGUUCAUCA